AUGAACUUAUUGGCGUCAGUAUCGACAUACAUCUUCAUCCUAAUUCAUCUGACAACAUUAUCAUUAGCAGUUCCGUUCCCUGCAAAAGUUGUUGUUGGGCAAGAACUAUACCAAAGCCUGUCUGGUGGUAUAGUGCAGCGCAGAGAUGCACCAUACAAGAUCACCGGGGAAGAUUGCGUACAAAAAAGAUCCGGCGGGAUCAAGUUUUGCGCCAUGGGCCACUAUUUAUGCCAAUCAAGGUCCAAAGAGGCCGAAACCGAAGGCGCAAGAAUGUGGGAGGCUAUCGAUGACCCUGAACAGGAGAAGAAGUGCCCACAGAAGGGCUGGACUGGGAACAGUGAUAUUGUCAGGAUCCAGACCAAAUAA